UGAAAAACAUCGAAUAAUCGAUUUAAAGAAUUGUUUUACUAUUAUGAAUGAUGAAAAAGUGGUUGAGUUUAUAAUUAUUUACAACACUGUAUAUGUGUGUGUGUUUGUGUAUAGGUAUAGGAGGAAAUAGAAAAGAAUUCAAUCGUUUCUUAAAUAAAUAAUUUUACAAGAUCGAUAACAUAGUACUUUACAUCUUUACACGCCAUUUAGUUAUGAUUGGUAAAGAGAAGAGAAGGGUAUUUAAAAGCAGGUUGAGAGCUAAACAACAACCAGUUCGAUUUAUACAACGGACGGGACGAUUGCUCCUGAGAAACGAGAAUGAUUGUCACGGUCAGUUUAUUUUUUAUAGUAAUAAUAUUACUAUUAUACUUGGAGUCACGAAAACCUGAAGGAUAUCCACCAGGUCCUAAAUGGUGGCCUAUUCUUGGCAGUGCGAUGGAAGUAGCACGGAUACGAAAGGAUGCAGGAUAUUUAUUUAAAACUUGUUCCAUUCUUAGUGAAAAAUAUGGAUCAGUAAUUGGUUUAAAAAUUGGUAGCGAUCGCAUUGUGAUACUAAACGAUUAUAAUAGCGUAUGCUCUAUGCUUACAAAUCCUGAUUGUGAAGGUAGACCAACUAGUAUUAUGUAUAAAGAAAGAACUUGGGGUAAAAGAAGAGGCCUUAUCUUGGUUGAUGGUAAAUCGUGGAUAGAACAACGUCGAUUUGUUCUUCGUCAUUUAAGAAAUUUUGGUUACGGUCGAAAUAGUAUGGCUGCGAUCAUAGAGGAGGAAGCUUUAAAAUUAGUCGAACAUUUUGAGAAAUUGCUUCGUGAAGAGUAUCAUGAUAUAAAUGACAAUAUAAAUAGAACGUCAAGCGUUUCUAACAAUCAUGAUAUUAGUAUUAAUAAUGAUGAUGAAAUAUAUGAAUUGAAAAAUAACAUUACCGAAAAUAAAAGCAAAAUAUUUCAAUAUAAUGUAAAUGACAAAUAUAAUAUAGAUAAGGAAAUAAAUAAUGAGAAUAAUUUCCAUGACAAAUUAAAUAUAAAAUUAAAUGAUAACAAAUCGAAUAAUACAUUUACUUCGAGACAAAUGAUCAUAUCGAUGCAUGAUGCUUUUGGCGUGACUGUCCUAAACACGUUAUGGAGAAUGAUGACUGGUAAAAGGUUCAAUACCGGUGACGAGACAUUGAUGUAUUUACAAAAGAUUUUUACAAAACUUUUUUAUGAGAUCGAUAUGAUAGGUGCACCGUUUAGUCAUUUUCCAUUAUUAAGAUUUAUUGCACCUAAACUUUCUGGUUACCAAUUUUUUAUAGAGACGCAUCAACAACUUUGGUCAUUUUUAUAUAAGGAAUUAGAAAACCACAAAGACACCUUUAAUCCGGAUGCACCACGAGAUUUUAUGGACGUUUACUUGUCAGUUUUAAAAUCGAAAGAGUGUAGUAAAACAUUUUCAGAAUCUCAGCUAUUAGCUAUUUGUAUGGAUUUAUUUAUUGCUGGCUCUGAAACAACAUCCAAAACUUUAAGUUUUUGUUUUCUGUAUUUAAUACUUUUUCCUAAUGUUCAGAAAAAAGCGCACGAAGAAAUCGACAGAGUUAUUGGUGACGGACGUUUUCCAACAUUAGCCGAUCGGACGAGGAUGACCUAUUUAAACGCCAUUGUUUUGGAAUCAUUAAGAAUGUUUAUGGGGCGAAAUUUGAAUAUACCACACAGAGCAUUAAAGGAUACAUAUAUAAUGGAUCAUCGAAUUCCGAAAGAUACAAUGAUUAUUGUCAAUUUUAAUGAAUUACUUAUGAACAAAUCUUGGAGUGAUCCAGAAGAAUUUAGACCAGAAAGAUUUAUUGAUAAAAAUGGUAGGAUUUCUGUACAAGAUCAAUAUUUUCCGUUUAGUAUAGGUCGACAUCGCUGUAUGGGAGAGACAUUAGCAAGAAGUAAUUUAUUCAUUGUAAUAACUACUCUCUUACAAAAAUUUACAUUUUCUGUAGUACCUGGAGAACAAAAGCCAUCCACAUUAGAUUUCCAUGAUGGUGUAACUGCUGCUCCAAAACCAUUUAAAGUAUUAGUUACUGCUAAGACAUAAUCCACAUGCAAAUAUUUUAUGAACA